UGCUGCGAGACAAACUCUUGGAGAAUCAGACUGAGGCAGACUUUGCUGCUUCUGCAGGACCCAAGGCACUUGCAACACAUCACCUGGAUGUGUUGUCUCGCCAGAUGUGCCCGUAUCUGCGACAUUUUGUGGUUUUCUCCAGUUUUUCAUGUGGACGUGGUAAUGUGGGACAAACCUGCUAUGGCAUGAACAACUCCAUUACAGAGCGCAUCUGUGAGGCCCGUGUCCGAGAUGGAUUGCCAGGUCUUGCCGUACAGUGGGGCCCUGUGGGAGAUGUGGGCAUGCUUGCAGAGGUGCACGAGGAACAUCAAAACAUUCAGUUGUGGGGCACCGUAGUGCAGAGGAUUGCAUCAUGUCUGGAGGUGUUCAACAGAUUCAUGAGGCAAUUGUGUCCUGUAGUGGCAAGCAUGGUUGUGGCUGAAAAACGUGCAGGAAGUGAUGGACCUGGAAAUGUGCUGGAGUGUGUCAGCACCAUCAUGGGUAUCCAUGACCUGGACACCAUUAGCCCAAAUUCCACAUUGACAGAGUUAGGGAUGGACUCCAUGAUAGCUGUAGAGAUUAGGCAGUCCCUUGAACAGGAGUUUCAAUGUUGUGAGAAGAACAUGGAUGUACAUGUGACUGGAAUCCAUGUGACAAUGCUGCCACUGUUAUCAACAGGCAAUUGA